CGAUAUAUAUUUACACUACACGUGAUGUGAGCGGAAGAUUCAAAAAAACAAAAAUUCAUUUCUUAAAAACGCAGUAGUGUGUGUACGAAAAAUAAAUAUACAUAUAUAUAUAUAUAUAUAUAUAUAUCUAUAUAUAUCGGAUAUGGGAAAUCUCUGAUUCAGUAUAAAUAUUGUUCCAACAAAAAAAAAUAAAAAUAAAUAAGUAAAAAAAAAAAAAUGAACAAAGUUUUAUUUGAGUUUACGUAAACAAAUGAAAAUAACAUAAUUAUUACAUAUAAUAUGUUUGCAAAAUAAUUGUUGUUUUUGAUGCUGUUUCAUCGAGUAAAGUUGUUUACAUGUUUUAAUGAGUUAAAUGAUUUUUUUUUUUGUGUUACUUUUUAACGAUUUUUUGUCCGCAAAGCUUUAAAUUGUUUCAACAGUGGAGAGUCUUUAACGUGGUUAUUUUUAGAUAAAUUACAAAAAAAAAAUAAUAAAAAUAAAAUAACUAAAGGACGAACGCCAAUUGACUAAAUACUAAGAUAGACUUGGAUUUUUACGCUGAUUAAAAAUUUAUGAAUCUUUCCAUGCGUAUCAUUGACUUUGAUGCUUUAAUCCAAAGGAUAAUAUUAACAUGUUUUGUCCGAUCAAUGAUAUCUGUAUGCAAUAAAUAUUGCUAUUGAAAUGCAUUGUUUGUGGUUUUUAUAUAAAAAUAUAUGUGUAUGUGUAUAUAUAUUAAAUUAUAAUAUUUAAACAACCAAAUAAAUAAAAAGUAAUGAUAUAAAAAAAAUAUUCUAAUAAAGCUGUAGAAGUGUGUGUGUUUGAAGGUGAAAUAUUUUAAUAAACAAUAUACAUAUCAGUUGAGAAGCGACACCACAAUGUACUGGAUUAACUAAUGAAAGGAAGAGAAAAAAAAUCAGCAGUGACGGCGAAACACAAAACAUUUUUAUAUCAAAAAUUUUACCAAGAAUUAUAAAUUUUUGGUUUAAUUUUACAAAGUCAUUUUUUAACACGAAAAUGCAAGAGAGGCGAGUUAAAAAAAUAAAAGGCGGCCAUUACGUGGCUACUCAUGGCCGCUUAACACCCGAUCCACCGUAUGUGCAUUCGAAUCGUGGCUAUUCAACGGAUGGUGAGGAAUCACAUCGGGCACCCUCUGAACGCACCAUGUCCGAGUAUACUAUUACUCAUGAGCGCACUUCACCUCAAGGUCAUUAUAAUUCAUCGCGUAAAAAUCGUUUAAAUGGUCAAGGUAAUGGACACUAUCAUCAUCAUCACCAUCAUCAUCAAUCGUCUGUGGUGGAUAGUGGCGGUCCGCGGCCAUUAAACGGUCCACCGCCGCAACGUAUACCGCCACGAGCUCCGUCAGCUUUAAGUUAUGAUCAUGGGGGCGACGCUGGCAGCGAUAUUUAUGUAACAAGUGCCGCUUAUAAAGCGCCCUCGGAAAUUAGCCGCUAUAGUCACCGGCCUGCAUCCCGUGGCGGGCCGCGAAGCGUUUACUCUGUAGCGAGCACUGCUAAAACUGGACGUAGCGCACGCUCGACUACAAAACGUGGAGCGAAAAUUGAAACCAUGUCCGCUCCUAAUCCCUUUUGUCCUAACGUUAAGGGCGUGUGCUGUCUAAUGCUUUUACUGAAUUUAGGUCUCAUUCUAGUAACAUUGGGUUUCGUAAUAGUGGUGCAAUUCUAUGAACCGGUGUAUGUGUGGAUUUUGGGUAUAAUUUUUCUGAUAUUUGGCUUUCUCACCUUAAUCGGUUGUAUGGUGUAUUGUGUGGUGGUAUGUCGAGAUGCUAAAACACCUUCACAAGUGCGUAAUGAGGAUUUAUAUUGGACUCGGCAUUGGCAGAAGAACAUCGGCUAUACACCGCAAGAAAUCAAUUAUAAAGCGGAUAAAUAUGAUGCUUACUCGGAUCGCUAUUCAGUUAGCAAAAUGAGUGGCAAAUAUUCGGACAGAGAAAGUAAUCGCUAUUGAAAUCACUUUAUCAUAAAGGGAUUAAUACAAUACAAAAUUUCAAUAUGAAACGAAAGAAAGCAAAUUAACGUACCUGCUGCAAGCAACUUGCUGCUAGUUCGUAUGUUAUAUUAUAAUUAACAAUAAAUGAACAAAAUUCAAUUCUAUCGCUUAUUUGCCACACUUUCAAGCCGUAAGUGCUCUAAAAUCGAAAAUCAUUCGGUCGUUGUACUUAACUUAUAUGUAUGCCAUAUAAAAAUUUUUAAGUGUAACAAGUUUUGCUUCAUUAUACAAUUUAAAGUUCGUAGUCAGUUAACAUAAACUAUAAUCCUAGUAUUAAAAAAGAAAGAAAAAGAAAAAGAAGAAGAAGA